UGGGAGGGACCAAAAACUGCUGUUCAUUUGGGAGACUGGUAGCUAAAUAGCAGACCUCGGUCGAAAUAAGAAAACAAUUUAUUUGUUGGUUUUUCAUCUAUUUAAGUAGUUAUUUGCGUAUUGAUAGCUUAUCUCGGAGUUGUAGUUUCUUACACUAAAUUAAGGUAGAGCUUGGCUUAGCUUGUAUGCUAACCACAGGACAUUACAGGACAAUCAUCUGGCUGUCAAACGCAAAGCCAAACCGGGGCGUUUCUGGUGAUCACCAUGGGUGAGGUGGAGCUCUCCUGCCUGGCUUAUGUGAAGAUGUACCUGCACUCCUGUCUGUUUCCUCGCUGCAGCGUCAACGGACUGCUGCUGUCUUCAAGCCCGGCAGGUGGCGCUGUUUGCGUGACUGACUGCGUGCCGCUGCUUCACUCUCACCUGUCUCUGACUCCCAUCACGCAGCUGGCUCUCACGCAGGUGGAUGUUUGGUGCUCUCAGACUCAGCAGAGGAUAGUUGGGUACUACCAAGCCAACGCCUGCGCGUCAGACUGCAGCCCGACGCCCUGUGCUCUGAAGAUAGCCGAUAAGAUCGCUGAGCAGUUUGAAAAUGCAGUCUUGUUAAUGCUCGAUGGCAGUAAGAUGUCUCCAGAUUAUCGGGUUCCUCCGAUCGUCAUGUACGAGCGCAAAGAUUCAAAAUGGGUUCUGAAAGACAAGCACACGGUCAUGCUGCGGCAGUGGGAGGAGACGCGGGCCAUAGCCGACCAGAUGCUUGAGUCGGGCGACCACGCUCUCUUGGUGGACUUUGACGGCCACUUGGACGACAUCACGAAGGACUGGACCAACCGGACGCUCAACACCAAGAUAGCAGAGCUCUCGUCGCCGGCCAACGGCAACAUCUGAGCUGAGGAGCAGCAGUUUGAACCCAAACUCGUUUCGGUUGCUCCCCGACACGGUCGCAGUCUGACACAAACCCACACCCAACAGAGUCCAGGAACAAGUUUUAUUUUUGUUUCUCCAACAGAACAAACAUGCAUCAAUGAUGUAUUUACAUCGUGGUAGAUCUAACCUUCCCCCACACCUCAUCGUGUAAAACUGAUGUUUUAUAACAACAAAUCCACAUUAAAAUCAUUUUAACACCAUCAA